ACAGAUACUUUAACGCUACUGUCUGCAAUGUAACCAAAUAUAUUUUUACGAAUGACUGAUAAUGAGUAUUUCCAUACUUAAUAAAGCAAUUUGGGAAAUUGGGAUUUAUUUUGGUGGAUACUUUUAAGGCAUAUCCACGGAGAGCAACAAAACGCAUUUAUUUUCUCUUCCAGGGCGUACUGUGAAUUUUAACAUCACAAUUUUCCCCUAUCACAUGCGGUUUUAUAUUUAGUUAUUUUAUUAUUACGCUUUUUUAUGCAAUUUAUUUAAAAGAGCUUAAAAGGGAGAAAAAGGUAUACGACGCCACAAACAUGGAGCUGAAACACCUUACGAGCCAACUUCGUAAAUGUACACACAUACUCAAAGGACCCAAUGGACCCAAGCAAGGCUAGAUUGAAAAGAUUUUUUUUUGCAACCGGCUGUGUUUAGCUUGGUGCAUUUUUAUAGCUUAAGAUACUGUGUAAAUGUUUGAUGCUGUGUAAACUUCUAAAGGUUGUAUCCAGGCCUUUUUGCGGUGUCCUUAGAUAGCAGAGAUGAAGGCGAAGAAGAAGAAGAGGCAAGAUGAUUUCCAGAAGGUCAAACUAAAAGUGGGAAAGAAGAAACCUAGAGCUGAUAAUGCAACCAACACAAACUUUCGCACAAGGGGAAUUAAUCUAUCCGAACAGCUGAAGAGAGACACGAGUGGCCCCACAACUCACAGACAUCUUGGCAUCAAUGAUCUCCUCUCUCAGCUGCACCAUUACAAUGCCAACGUCAAACACGGUGCCUUGUUGGGUUUGAGAGAGCUGCUGUCCAUCAGUCCCUCUCUGUUGGAGCAGCAUCUUUCACGCUUGCUUUCCGAAGUGGCAGCUGUUCUCACAGACAAGGAUGGCAACGUUCGUGUGGCAGCUACACGCGUCCUCAGGUUCAUCGCACAGUCUGUGCCUGCAGAACGAGUGGCUCCCUUCUUCCCACUCCUCAGUGCUCACUUGUCUUGUGCCAUGACCCACAUUGAGGCUCCCAUCCAGGAAGACGCUAUGAACGUCUUAGAUGUGUUUCUGGAAUACUACCCUUCCCUUCUAGCUGCACGGCCUGGAGUUCUCCUUACUAACUUCCUAGAGAUGAUCUCUCACAGACAGACCUCGGGGGGAGGCAAAAAGGCUCAGGAUCCUAAAGGGCGGAUCUGGGCGCUGUCGGUCAACCCUGACAGGACUGUGACUAGCCAGCAGUGGCGGCUCUCUGUUCUUCUCAGGCUUGGGCGCUUUCUUCAGGCAGUCGUUGAGGAAAGACCGACUGAAGAGGGUGAUAUGUCUGUCCGAGCUGAGGGAGUGUUUGGAUCCAGCAGAGAGGGUCUUGUAAAAACACUAUAUCUAAACUGGGAAGAGCUCGUGUACAGCAAAGUUGGGGUAAAAUUGUAUGAAAAUUCUGGAGCCAAACCGUCUCCCCAAUCCACAUUUAGACUCAGACCUGAGGUGGGCCCGGAAGCAACAGUCAGCGAGGGUCUGGAUUCGGUGGAGACUGUGCAAGGCUUUGCAGCUACGCUUGUGCCUCUGCUGUUGGAAGUGUGGGUCGAAGCCAGCGCCAGUGACUGCAACUGGAAAAGCACAGACGGUGCUCACCUGCUCUCCCCAGACACCAUGUCAGUAAUGUUCCAGGUCUUGUCUAUUCUGCAGCUGCUGAGAAAACUGACUCCUCAUCAGGAGAAUGAGGAUGCACUGGAUGCGUGGUUCCGUAAAGAAUAUUUGGCAGAUUUUAAGCAGCACUUCAUGAAAAACUUUCCUUACGGUGCCCGAGAUGCAUCCAAACAUAAAAAGAAAGUUGAUCAUAAAAGGAGUAAAUUAAAUACAGCCAUCCCAAUUCAGACUGUGGAGCCUCUGGCCUUAAAUAUCACACUCUGCCAGGUCAUGGUGUCCCUCAGCCAGAAGCAGGGCCUUGAUCUGGAGGCAGAUGGAGAGUGGUUGACACCACUAAGAACCUUUGUCCAAGACACUCUGGGGGGUGGAGUAAAACUGAGCUACAGGCAGCUGCACCUGCUGCUGGGCACCGUGUGGAAGAUGGUGUUCACGCAGAGGAGCAGAGCAUUGACGGAGGACCUUUUGGCAGCUGUGUAUAUCUACUAUAAGCAGAGGAACCUCCCGCUACAGACCCGAUCCCUGCUGCUGUCUUUCUACAGCAAACUCUACUUGCAGGAGCAAGGGCACACACACAUUGCCAGGAGCAAGGUGCUGUGUCGCUGGUUGGCAUCUUUGCCGGUGCAGUUGGCCCAGUUGGGCUAUCGUAACCCCACACUCUCUUCACAACUCAUAAACUCCAUCCAUGCUGCAGCUUCUCGAGGCAACAAAGACCUCCUCAACAGUCUGCAGACACAUGCCUGCAGGCUCUACGAUCCACAGGACGGAGUUGUGGUGCUCUUACCUGCAGAAUCCCAGCAGCGAAUGAUGCAGCUGCUCUACUUCUUACCCAAAAUAUCCCAGCCUCUUCUGGCCCACCUGAGCGGCUGCUGCACUGCUGGACGGAUCUCUGCCAGCCUUGCCGGUUCUCUGAUCCGUAUCUUACACUUUCGGUCUUCCCUUGGAGGCUGGUCUGUUGGGGGUCAGGAAGCAGCCCUGCAGGAUGUGGACUACAUCAGCUUCCUGUUCUCCACCCUCACGGGCUUUUCGUCUGAAAAUCUGGCCACCCUGCAGGAGGAUGAGAGUGCCCUGCCUUCCACCCCACUUUCACCCCUCUGCCUCUACCCCACGCCACUGGAGCAGUUCACUCACCACUGGGAUGUUGUUGAGGAAGUGUGCCACUGUCUUGAAACGGUGGGUUCAAAGUCUCAGUGCUUUGACAUCCUGCAAAAUGGCAUCUGCAAAUACCUGACCAAGUUGGACGUGGUACCUGACAGCAUGGCAACCGGGCUGCUGAGAGCCGUAUCGCGACUGCUGGAUCUGUCCGUCCUGCCCGUAGAGCCCGUGGUGCGCUUCUUGUCUCACUGUCUCCUCAGCCUGCUGGCACUGCUGCUCGCCCUGCAGCAGGAGGCCCCGACGGAAACCAACCACAAAAGGGAAGCAAUUUGGGGCGCUUGUGUGACGGCGCUGAGCAGCGUUCCUCGCCUGCUGCGGAUCGUUCUGCAGUUGAUGCGUGUUGGAGACCUUAAUGAGGAGGAGCUGCCACAGCUCGGACAGAUCCUCUUAAUGCUGCUGCAGCACACGCCGCUCCAUAACCAGCUGCUGGCCAACGCUGCUGUGCUGCAGGAGAUCAUACAGAACCUCACGAGGUAUUCCCGGGGCGCAACCAGGGAGCAGUGGCUGACAGACCUGCUCUACUGUUACAGUGUCACAGUGGCUCAUGGCUCCUCGGCACACCGUGGAAGUCUGGGCCUUCGAGACAUGUACUAACUGCCACAUCAAAUGAACAAGAGUGUUGCUCAGUUCAUCCUCAGUAACAAGAGACGAAGCUCAGCAACAAUUGCAUCAAAAUAAACUUUUUUUUAAUUAGUUACCAUAAAUGCUCCAUGUUAUUGUUUAAAAAAACAUCAUUUUAUUGUUGUUGACUUAGUGUUUUUCUUGGGUACAAAGUGACUUUGGUUUUUAAAAAAUCAAGUGGAAAAAAGACAAAAACAGAAUAAA